AGGUUUCGGAAUGGUUAGAGUUAAAAGUUCUGGAAGUCACACCCGAGUUGACUCAGUUGGGUUCGACCCUGAAGGAAGCUGAAGAACUCAGACGGUCUCAUCAUGAAGUCAUCAGUAAAAUACAGUCAAAGAAGAGCCCAGUUGAAGAAUUGGUUGACCAGGCCGAGGCAGUCAUUUCCCGUCAGGGAACAAGUCCCAGGGUCUAUUCUGCCAUGUCAAGAUCCAUAACAUCUGCCUGGGAAAAUGUCAACAGUCAUCUGCAAUCUAGAAGUCGGAUAUUAGAUUUGAACGUAAAUUACCAUAGAUGGGCUGAAGAAUUUGAUGACUGUUGUACUUGCACUGAAGUCCUAGCUGAGUCAGAAUUGCCUGUAGAUAUAGAAGAAAUGAGAUCCCGUAUUAAUGAAAUAAAAUCAUGUGAAAGGGAAGCCCUGACUAGGCUUGGAAGAACAUUAGCUGCUGGUGCAGAACUUCUAGGAGCUCUUAAAUCACUUCGCGAUUCAGCAACGCUUGAUUCGAGACCUGACCAUAUCAAACUGUCUUCAGCUCUAGCUGUUGCACAAGUUGAAGGGUGGAUGGAACAACUUCAUGACAGAAGAAUAAAAUUACAAGACAAAACAUCGAAGGCAGUGACUGAACUAGAAGAAUGCUUAGAACUUGCCUUGAUAACAUCAGAGCUAAUGAAAUUGCAACGAAACCUAGAUGAAAGAUCAACUGCUCUUGUUAAUACUUGUGACCAGCUUGGAGAUACCUCUGCCUCUGCUAGUCUUUUACUUCAUGAACAUUGUAAAUUACUUCCAGAAGCAAAGGAAAUGCAAGAGCAGGCUUUGAAGAUAGUACGUUUCAGUGAAGAAUUCUCUCUUCGUGGUCACUUUGCUGGACCAGAGGCUGUCACACAAGCAUAUGUAAUUCUGGAACAAUCAGCCUGUUAUGUUUCUAAUAUUGGUAAAAGAGAAGAGAAUCUUCAGAGAGCUAUUGCUUUCUUUACUUCAGCUGAGCAGACAUUGAUAAAGCUGGACCAACUUGAAGUUCAACUGUCAACUGCUGAGCUUGGUCUAGAUCUCGACCAAUUGAGAAUUCUUCAUGAAGAAGUUUCUAACUCCUUGGAGGAACUUACUGGUAAAGUUCUUCAAGAGGGCUAUAAAAUCCUUGAAGAGACUCCAACUGCUGAGGGUGUUAAGCGGAUCGUUGAAGAAAUUGAAAACAAGAAAAUCAAUCUGAGUGUCCAAUGCACUGCACAUAAAGAAGAAAAUAUACGAGCGAACGCAGCUUAUAAAGUUUUUAUCGAAAAAUAUAAUCUCCUGAAUGCUUUUCUGACUAGUUUGGAAGGUUACCUUUCUGGUGUGACCAACAUGGGUGACGAUCUAGUGUCUGCCAGGGAAUUUUUGCAAGUUUAUAAGAGAAACUUAAAUGAUUUACAGACUAAAACACUAGAAAUCAAAGCAUUAAUCUCAAGUGCUCGUGAAGUGGGUGGAAGGAAACAGACAGAAAUAGCUGACACUUGUCUUGAACUAGAAUCAAGAUGGUGCUCGUUGUCUACAACUCUUGAGACAAGAGUAAACUUAGUAAGCUCCUAUGUCAGGGCCUUGUCACUGGCCCAGAAUCUAAAUACGCAACUUGAUGCAAUAAAUGACAUCAUCAAGUUCAGAGAGAAUGAAUCUAAAGGUGAACAACUUUGGGUAUCUGCUAAACAGCUGAGGGCACAGAUGAAUAACACUGCAACCAACUUUAAUCAAGAUUCUAUGAAAGAUUCGGGACUAGACACAGGGCGAGCUCGGAGCUGCCUGGAGGAUAUUAGAUUAGCAGUAGAGAGGAGGUUUGGGAAUCUUGAACACGACUGGGAGCAGUACCUGGGAGGAAGGCGGGAGGAAGAACUAAACAGUAGGGCACUCUGGGAUGACAACAUGGCUGCUACUCAUAAGACUGUAGAUUGGGUAUCAAAACUUUAUGAUCAGCUGUAUCCUGCAUUAAAUCCUGAGCUACACUCAGCAAGACAACUAGCUGGUCAUGUAGAACAAAAACUGAAUGCUGUCCUUCCCGAAAUUAAGAGGGCUUUGACUGAGAUUCAGUUGCGACAGGAAACAGCUCAAGCUCUUUUAUCAAAAAGUGACUUCCAUGCUCCUAAUGACAGUAUAACAGAACGUUUGCGAGAUCUUAGUACCAGACUCAAUGCUAUUUCUGCUGAUUACCAAGUACUUUUGGAAAAAAUGCUCACUUUCUUUAAUAAUAUAUCUCAGAUCGAGAGUCAGAUAGAAAGAGGUCAGCGUGAAGAAAUAACUUCAUUAAGAAGUUUAUCUGAAAAUGUUGAGAGCUUUAAAAGGAGUUUGGAUGCUGACAAGAGAGCGGUGGCAGCUAUGUUUGAUCUCUGCCAUGCAGAGUGUGCUCUUCUUUUAGAGAGGAUAAAAGUACAGCAAGGUCCAAAAGGAGAAAGCGAUGUUCGAACAGUGGAGAUGUGUGUUGAAAAUCUCCGUUACUCUUGGCAGAGAUUGUUAACUACCAAAGAAACUAAAUUAUCCCAGAUGGAAAAGAGAGCAGCUUUUGAUUUAAAUCUCAGAGAAAUUGAGAGAAGUCUUGAAAGUCUUUCUAAUAAGUUAAUAACAUCUAGAGGCUAUGGUGAAUCACUGAAUGAAGCUCUGUCUGCUUCUCGUGAUUUUGAAGCUUUUGAAACAACUAUUCAGUUGAUAGAAGUGAAAAUAAAUGAUUUCCUUAGAAGUGGGCAAGACUUAUGCAACAAAGAAGGUGGAAAUGAUAUUGAAAGAGAACUAUCAUUAAUUCAACAAAGGUGGAAUGAUAUCAAAGAGCAAGUAAAACGUGCUCGUUCAAAAAUACAACUGACCAUUCAGUUGUAUUCCCUUGUUCAGGAGGCUGAAAACUGGUUUAAGGAGGGCAACCAUCUUCUCACUACAAUUGUACACAGAUCAACAUUUGUGAAAACGUAUGCAGAAGCAAAUAAACUUCUUCAAGAACUUGAGAAUUUCUUUAAACCUGGUGAACAAAAACAGAAUGAACGAAUAACUGAAAUUUCAAGACUUGCUGAUGAACUCUAUGGUGCUGGAAAUAUCAUUCCUCAUACCCUUCAUCAAGUUAAAUGUGAGAACAAGGAAAUGUUUGACACCUUCAGCCAUGUUAGCUCUGAACUAAAGGCUAUUUCUAAUAAGUUGAAAUCUCCAUCGCCUCAACCUAUAAUACAGUUCAUGGAUGUUGAUGGCGAAUCAAUCCAGUCUACAACAGUUAUAAGAGAAUAUUCUUCAACGUUAAUUGAAACUAUACGUGAAGGCUUAACACCAAGCCCAGCCUUUAAAAUAGAAGAAAUUAGAAAGACUCCUAGUCCUCCUCCGAAAAAAGUAAAAGUGGUAGAAGAUAUUCCUCCAUCCUUUUCAGUUCAGUUGACUAAUGCCACUGUCAAUGAGGGGUCAAGCUUUGUUUUUAAUUGCAAAGUUAAUGGAAAACCUGCUCCCCAAGUCAGAUGGGAGAAAGAUGGGGUUAUGAUAGAUGAAAAGAAUACAGACUACAAAGUAUCAUAUUCUGAGUAUGGUGAGUGCUCCCUUCGGAUUGAAGAAACUUUUACUGAAGACAGUGCUCGUUUCUCUUGCAUUGCUAAUAACAGUGCAGGAUCUGCUGUUACUACUGCAAUACUUUCCGUAGUUGAAUGUUGGCCUGAAGAUGUGCCAUCACCUCCUGUAUUCAUAACCCCUCUUAGUCCUCAAACAUUCCAUGAAGGCUCUGAAAUGAAUCUAAGAUGUCUAGUAUCUGGUGUGCCUCUCCCUACUGUUCAGUGGUAUCAUGGUAAAUUAUGUAUUGACAAUGAGCAAGUUUAUAAUAUAACGUAUAAUAAUGGGGAAGCUCUACUGAAAAAGGAAAAAAUAACUCUUAAUGAUGAUGGAGAAUAUUCAUGCAUUGCAACUAAUGUAGUGGGUUCUGAUACCAGCCUUUGUAGAGUCUUUGUUAAAUGUAAGUCUGCAAGCCCAUUAAAAAUAGUGCCUCCUCCCAUAUUUAUAAGUGAACUGACAAAUGUAAUGGCAAGAGCAGGGCAGAAAGUUAGACUUGAUUGUGAAGUGACCAAUGCUGAUCGACUAGAAUGGACACACGAUGGUAGAAUUGUCAAUGAAACUCCAGAAAUUAAACUGAUUCAAGAAGGGACCAAAGUUAGCUUAGUUAUUACAGAAGCAUUCCCAAAAGAUGCAGGCGUUUAUUUCUUAAAGGCAACAAAUAAAGGUGGCAGUUCAGUAUCUACCGGAACGUUAACAGUAAAAGGACGGUUGCCUGAAGAGAGUUCAGACACUGACUUAGCGGAAGAAAUGGAACCAGCUAGGCCUGUCCUUCAAAUCCCUCUGAAGGACCAGUCAGUUUUUGAAGGGAAAAAGGUUCGCCUCGACUGCGUGAUUGUAGCCCAGCCCGAGCCUGAAGUGAUUUGGUAUCACAACAAUCAGCCAGUAAAAGAAUCACCAGACAUCCAGCUUGUCUUUCAUGGUGACAGGUGCUCAUUGAUCAUCGAAGAGGCUCUAGUUGAAGACUCUGGAACUUAUAGAGUUGUUGCUAUAAAUUCUGCUGGUGAAGCAACAUCACAAUGCACCCUGAAUGUAACAGCUGUGGAUAAGAAAACUGAACCAAAGCCAACACUCCCUGAAACAGUUGAAGAAGGCAAACCAGUUUUCAAGAAACUUCUUUCUGAUACCUUAGUAAAAGUUGGUGAAACAGUGUCUCUUGAAUGCAUUGUUGAUGGUAAGCCGACACCGACUGUUACCUGGUCACUAAACAACAUAGAGCUCCAGCAAUCAAAUAGGAUACACAUGUCUCAAGAUGCAGAGGGGCUUUGCCUUUUAAAAAUAAAAGAUAUUAAGCCCGAAGAUCGAGGAGUGUAUACUGCAAAAGCUAUCAAUCAGCUUGGUGAAGCUAAAUGUUUUUCACAGCUGAUUGUAAAAACUCCAGUUACUCUUGAAUCUCUUGAAACCCAAGCUAGCCAAACUCAGCAUAUGACACCAGAAGAGAGACCAGCAUUCAAAGAAUUAUUUUCUGAUGUGGUCGUUACUGAAGGUUCCUCUGCUAAGUUUGAAUGUAUUGUUACUGGCAAGCCUACCCCAAAGGUGAAAUGGUUCUUCAAUGACGAACCAGUUUCAGGUAAAGAUUUUCUUAUUUCAACGAGUGGGUUCAGAGAAGUUCUAUCUAUUCCAGAAGCUAAGAAAUCUCUUUCUGGAAAGAUAACAUGUACAGCUGAAAACCACCUGGGUAAAGCUUCAUUAGCUGCUAAUCUCGCUGUCGUUGAAGGAAGCAAGCUAUUAGAUAACAUAUUCGACAUGGCUAAACUAUCAUCCGAAGGAGUUUUAGAGAUGAAAAAAUCUGUUGUUGUUGAAUCAAGUAAAACAAGUCACUUCAGUAGUAGCUUUUCGAGUACAACAGGUGGACCGAAGCCUCAUGUUGAAAUAAAGAGCUUUACAUCUAAGUCUGAAGCUUCUUCUCAGAAAAUUGGUGAUAAACCUCCAGUAUCGGUUGAAGUGCUUCAGACAUCAGAAUAUAGAAACAUAGAUGGAGUAGAAUCUAAAGGAGAGUCAUCGUAUUUUAAAAGUUUAGGACUGGAAAAGUCCAGCUCAAAAUCAAACGUAGAAAAGUCUCCAUCUGGGCUUAUUAUUAGUAAGAGGAAGGAUAUUGCUCCACGCUUCAUGACUCCUCUCAAUGGUUGUAUUGUUGAUCAAGAAAGACCCGUUUUUCUGGAAGCUCUAAUUGAUGGUCAUCCUACUCCAGAAAUCAGUUGGACUAGAAACAAUGGCCCAAUACCUUCAGAUGCUGAGACCUCUUGGUCACUAGGAAAAGCUACACUAAGGAUAUCAUCGGCCACCACCCAGCAUGGAGGGAGAUACAGUUUGACAGCUUCCAAUACUGCUGGCUCGACUACAUCCUCAGCUGAUGUGGUAGUGAAAAAGAGCUCAUUUCCUCCAGUUUUGGGUCGAAGAUUGCAAGCCAAGACUCCUAUUAUAGGCGAGAGGUUAGCUUUGGAAAUUGAAGUAACUGGAACACCUAACCCUUCUGUCAGUUGGUCAAAAGACGGGAAACAAAUCACCGCAGCAACCCUUGGGUACAGAACUAUUUCUCAGGGUCAUUGUCAUACUCUCGUUGUUGAUAAAGUUGAUCACAGCCAUACUGGACAAUACAGUGCCACAGCUAGUAACUGUGCAGGCGAAGCCAAGAGUAUUGCUGAUGUUCUUGUUAUUGAUCCUCCCCCUCUUACAGAUACCGCACCAUCCUCAAUGAUCUUCUCCGACCUCAUUAGUGGAGGAGGUACAAGUUUGUUUAAAUCUGUCACACCAGGUCAAACUCAUACAACAACAUUUAAACGACCAGGUGAAUCAGUUGUUGUUGAAGAAAGUUUUCAGAGUCAAAAACAUGUUUCGAUGAAAGUACAAAGAACUGAAGAAAGUUUUGAUUCCUCUCUUGACAUUAAAAAGGAUUAUAUGAAGGUAGAACCUUCGAAAACAUUAGAACUAGCUCCACCAUCUACAAUUUUUGAACCUUCAAAAUCAUUUGAAAUUCCUAAGCCAACAGAUCCCCCAAAACCAUUCAUAGAUACAACAUUAUUAUCUGAUACAUCUAUAAGAGAUGUUCCACCCCACAUACAAGAAUCCAAAAAUGAAGAUUUAAUAACUGAAUCUAUUUCAACUAAAAGCUCUUUGGAUUUUUUCAAGUCUAUAAUCAGAGAGAAUGAAGAGGAAAAGAAACGUAUGCAUCCUGAACCCAAACAAGAACCAAAGAUAACUAAAACAUUUGAAUCUAUCAAGUUGCCAUCAUCAUCAAUACCAGAGACUCCCAAGAUUAAAGAAGAAUCUAAGCUGAUACAGGAAUUAACAAUUCUUUCUCAAAAUUUAAGUGAAAGUUCUUCUUCUUAUCAAACAGCUUUCUCAGACAAUAUGAGUCAAUUCAAUCUUGAACCAGGGCCUCCACCUGAAAUUGGCUAUAUUCCAAAGACACCGGGUUCUAAGUCCAAAGAAGAAGUGGUUGAGAAAGCUAAAAAAUUACAAGAAACUCAUAGGCAACUUUCUGAAGUUGAAGUGCCUUCUGGAGCAGUCAGAAUAUUUCCCAUGCCUUCUUCAGUUGAAACUAAGAAAAAUAUUUUUGAAGAAAAGAAAGUAUCACAUGAAGUCAACAAAUUUGAAAGCUUUGAAAAAAAGAAUGAAAUCAUCAAGGGACCCUUACUACGACCUUCAGCUGAUGUUCCUUUAAGGCCUUCUUCGCCAAGACCAUCUGCAGAGGGAGUUGCAAUGGAGAAGCUGUGGACUACUAAACUAGAACAUAAGCCCACUUUAGACCGACCCAAGUCACCAAUUGCUCCUUCUGUUGAAGGGUUGGCUAUGGAUAAACUGUGGUCUCACAAGCAUGUGGAAAGUAAUUUACCAAGCACUUGGCCUCCUACAACAGUUUCUGAAACUUCUGAAAGCUAUCAUACAACCCAAUCUAUACAUAAGGUUUCUGAAUCCAAAAAAAGUAGUUUCCAAACAUCUAAUAUUGAAACAGCCGUUGAAUCUACUUCAUCUGCGUUCCAACCUAAAAAGGUAAUACCUCCACCAUUGCCAGAACAGAAAAUUAUUUAUGUCGCAGAAGCUCAUACCACUCACAGAACAAAUAUUCCAUCCGAAACAAUCAUAUCGAAAAAAUCAAGUGAGUAUAAGUCUAGUCAACAAUCUGAAGUUGUGUCUGAAAAAACUCUGUUACCAUCCGAAGCCAAAAAGUUUUGGCCUCCUGAUUUGCCUCUACAGAAAGAAUCUCCGAAACCAAGCAAGGAAUCAAAAGUAGAGACUAAGGCUACAAGAUCUGUUUCAAUGCCUCACGGUUUUAGUGAUAUCAUUUUAGAACCUGGACCUCCCCCUGAGAUUGGAUUUGCAACACCACCGCCUAAAGAGAGGCGUCAAUCGUAUGUUGAACAGAUAGAGCAGGACCUCGAAAGGGACUUGGAGAAAGAACCUUCGAAACAUCUGGUAGGAGCAGUCAGAACAAUACCACCACCUAAGAGAGAAAGUUCAGUUGAGUCAUUAAAGUCAUAUCAGAGAUCCAAUUCAUUAACUGAUGAAGUUACAUUUAAAAGCUUUAAGUGUAAUAAGUAUGCUACUAUGCCUAGGCCAUCUAAAUUUUUAAAAAAGAACUUUGAGAGUGAUUACGAAAGUGAUUUAGAAGGUACAAAAAUCAAAGCACGUUGGACCCCCUGGGAUUCAGAUACUGAAGAGCCUACUUAUAGGAAAGUAAAACCUCCCCUAGCCACUACCCAGCCUCCCAGACCACACUCUGCUCAACCUGCCCCAGUCAGCCUCCCCACUUCAUUGCCUGUCCAAACAACAAAAGACGGUAAGCGCACUCCCCAGGAUAGUGGCUAUAUGGCAGAUACUGAUGAACCGAGAAGGAUUUUUAAAAAAACUCAUCACACUAAAUCGGAAAAAAUUAUUCAGUCGAAACAAGAAAAAGUUAUCAUGAAGCAGGAGAAAAAAAUCGAAAAGAAGGAAGUAUCAGAAAAAUCUGAAAGACAAGAAACAUUACCUUUCAACCCAAUCGUUGGAACUUUUCCUAAAGUAACUGCACCAUUGCCCGCAAGCCCUUCAAAGUUUAUCAAAACUGAAUAUAAAGAAAGUGACUAUGAAAGUGAUUAUGAAUCAAGGAUCAAAACGUCAUGGAGACCUAGCGAAGGUGUCAGUUUUAGACCUGUUCAUCCACCAGACCCAAGUAAAACUGCCAGCAUCCAAGAGCAGUUGUUUAGACCUCAGCCCAUAGAUCUUAAACCUGGGUCUCCUCCAGAGAUAGGCUUUGCCCCACCUAUAGGUGUAGAGACCUCUAAUACUAUGAAAUAUGCUGAGACAACGGGUACUUCUCAAAAGUUUGUUACUGUUAAACAGACGACAAGAGUUGUUGGGGGUAUAGAAAGGACUCAGCAAAAACAAACUGAUAGGCAGACUAGUUUACCUACAAAGUUUGUCCCUAAAGGAGAUGCGAAAUGGAGUGAUGUUAGCAGUGAAGCAAAAAGGUUACAACGGGUCGAGGAGAUGAGACGAAGGUUUGGAGAGAAAGCUUCUCAGAGUAUGAUAGACUUGCGGCCAGGAGAACCUCCUCAAUUUGACUACGCACCUCCAUCAGCCACUACCAUUGCAAGCAAACAUUUAAGUGAAAUGGGUUCCACAUUCAAAUCAAAGGCACAACAGUUUGUGUCAGAUGUAGUCAAACUUAACGGAAAAUCGGGCCCUAUUUUGAAGCAGAAGGAGCAAAAGGAACCUGAAGUUUAUAGGGAAGAAUCUCGGGUAGCUGAACAUGGUACCAAGGAGAUAGAUCCAAACACAGGACUGAUAUACUUCAAGUAUGACUUUGGGUAUGAGUUUGGAAUGGUGGUCCCAGGAGAAAAGGGUUGGGUUGCUGGGAAAAGGCCUCCUGGUGCUCAGGAUGAUGGUGUUCCGUUUCCUGUACUGCACGAAAGUACCAAAAAGAAGUCGGUCAAGUGGGACUCUGAGAGUGAGACGGAACCUGAAGGCCUAUUACGAGUUAGAAUUCCUGGAAGUCCUAGCACUGCGUCUCCUAACCUGUCCCCUUACCACCACCUAGCACAGCAUUCACCAGGUGCUGCAGCUUGGAAUAGUGGUGGGUCCAGUGCUGCCUCAUCUCCAAUUGUUGUCAACCAGAUGCUCCAUUGCCAACAACCUUCCAAGCCUCCAGUUUUUAUUACUCCAUUGAGAGACAUAGCAGUGGUGAGUGGAGGCAGUGCCAGGUUUGAGUGCAUUGUCGAAGCCAAUCCUCAACCAACUAUAACCUGGUCUAAAGCUGGUGUUACUCAUCUUGGUCCUGGAGCUGCUCCAGCUUAUAGGAAUGGUGUUUGUCGACUUGACAUUCCCAGAACUUAUCAUCAUGAUGCAGGAAGAUACACCUGUAGAGCAACCAACAGCUUUGGAACAGCUGAGACGAGCGGAACAUUGUCUGUCACAGGUGAGGAGAGAACUUACAUCUCCAGCUAGAGCCAUCUGCAUUUAAUUUUUCUUUUGUUUACCAAAUUUCUAUUUAUAUAUGAUUAGUAUAUAAAAUUAUUUACUAUGUUAAAAACAUCAAGAGUUUGAGCUCUUACAGUUACCAACAAGUACAUUGCAUCUGUUACGUCUUGUGUCCUAUCUCUUUGUAUUUUCCUCCCAUAAAUAAAUUGAAUAAUGCUAUAUUUUAAGAUAAUAUUGUUUUGGUACCGUGCCAUAUUUCUAAGCUUGCUGAUGGUUGUGCAAUGAGCUGAGUUUAUUUUUACAAUUUUCUCACAAAAAGCCUUAUAAAACUACAAUUAAAUGUUUUAUUGGAACAGUCACAAUUUAUCGAACUGUUGAGAUAUUUUUACUGGCUCUAUUAUUCAUGUUAAUAUUUUCCUGAUUUUUAAUGUUUCAUUGUGUCAUUAAUGAUUGUAUAUCAAAAUAAGCUUUAUUUAUUUAAUAAAAUCUCUAGUCACACAAA